CGCACGCAGUCUAGUUGUGUCUUGAAAAGUCGAUACUAGUGCCUGUGCGUUUGUAGUGGAAAUUUAGACCUUUGUCUGUGCAUUUUGGGCGAUUUAACAAUGCGCAUCACUGGGAUAACCUACCCCACCGAAGAUGGUACGCUCCGUACGAUACUAGUACAAUCAUCGAUCAGUUUGCUAGAUAGUGCCGUGCGUGAAAUCCUGCCCUGGUUCUUUAACCAUGCAGGACCGUUGUGUGGCGUCCUGGCGGAGAGUUCCGUGGCCGUAAGGCUGCAAACAAAAACCGAUCCGUUCCGGUACUUGCGCGAUUCCAAGUGUCCACCGUUCGAUGGCAAGGGAUUUACCUUGCAGCGCAAUGUCCGGCACGGUGGGUUGGUGCGCAUCGAUGACGGGCUUAAAAUUUCCAUCGAGGACUUUAACCGGCUGUGUCCGGGUCUUUUCUACGGUACGGCCAAGUAUCCCAGCCUGAACAUUUUGCUCUCGCUACGCCGCUUCCGGAAGUACGUCGUGUGUUCCACGAAACUUUGGAGCAUCAUGUACGAAUGUUUGCUCUGUCGGCAGUUUAACGAACGGCAGCAAACAGACGGUGACUUUAAGCUUGAAAUGCGACAUCAUUUCCAAGCGAUGCAGCCGCAACAAGACUUCCGGCCAGAGAUUGCCGAAUUGCAGGAGCGCAUCGAACUGUCGAAUCAAUAUUCCAAGCUGAAGAACUCUUUACAGCAGAUGCUGGCUCAGGUUCACUCGGAGCAAGUGCAACGGUACCAACUUGAUUUGAAACAGCUGAAGCUGAUGCUAAGGGAGGCUGGAAUUGCAAAGGCACAGCUGUUGGCUACCAGCACCAUUCGUGAUCUGGACGUAACCAUGCAUAUGGAUCGGGAAGUUGCAGCCGCCAGCGUGCUGAUACGGAAAGGUGAGCUUGAAAACUUGCUGGCUUUUUGUCAAGCAGAGCUACAUCAGGCGCAGGAGUCCCUGGAAGUGCGAACCGGGCUGGACGCUACUGCAGCGGAAUUGAAGGCAAACAUCGUCGAGAUUGAGAAUAUUGUAAAGGAAGUAAAUUCCAUCGCUUUUAUGGAGUCAGAGGUCGAGAAUGCACGGUGCUCGAUCGAAAACAAUCAAUCGUUGAUGAUGCUCCUAAAGAUAAACAACGAAUACGAGAGAAAGAUCUACAUAAGCAAUCUUCAAAUGCACAAACAAUCCAUGAAAAUGGCCAUUCGCACUGCUGUAGAAGAUGUAAAGCGCGAAAAAGGCAGAUUUUCUAACACAGUCGAUCAAAUGCACAAGCUCAAAACUAUGUGCACCGUGGCGACCGCUAAUGACGAUUCCCAUUGCGAUGCGGUAAUUGAUCAGCUGCAGAACACCGUGCUGGAGAUUGCAGAAACUGCGACCGUAAUUACUUCACUCGAGAAGGAAAUAAGCAAUCUUCAGCAACAAAUCUGGCGCAGCUAUCUGGAAGAAAUUCCUUCCAUUCGCUUCACCGAACUGCUGAUCAUCGCUGCGGUAAAGAUGGCCGUAGAAAUGUCCGACGCAACGGUGAAGGAAGAUUUUCUAGGGUUCGUGUACGAUCGUGCACUAGACACCGGCAUCAGAGCCAAAUGGAACGAUGGACUUUCCUGUUCGGCAAUAUUCCGCUCGGAACGUAGUAUGGCGCACGUGAAGCAACUGAUCCACCGGGAGCGUCUAAUCUCUGAAAACGAAAGCUUUCCAUACUUUGUGCUGGAAACACGUUUUCGCACCAGUCUGAACAAUUUCCUACGCCGAACUGUCCCAGAAAAAGGUGGUGGUAGCGGCAACUAUGAAGAGAUGGUAGAAAAAGUGAACAUGGUCGUAGAACGGCUGGUAACGCGAAUGCGGACAGACAGGAAGUUGAAUGAAACACGUGAAUGUUUAGAAAAUCUGAUUGCCGGCAAGGACGUUCUACUCGCCGAUCUGGAUGGAUUGCGCAAUGGCUGCUGCGGUCAGUGGCCCAGAAUAAACUUUCAAGACCUUCCAGACCGGGUGGAUCGCUUUAUAGCGGCUAAAAAUCACCAAAUACGACGUCAGGCACGUUACGAUUCGCUGGAGAAAUUGAUAGCUCAAAUCGAAAAUAACGCUGUCCCCUUGCCGAACGAGCAACAGCUGAAAGAGCAGGAAACACGCUUUCGAGAAACACUCGAAACCCUUCUUCAAACGGUGGCUCAGCACAAGCGAUCUUACUACAACGGUUUAAAGCAGCUAGCUACGACAUGUGACACGGUACAAUUUGCAUUGGAACGCUUCUUCCUUGAAGAUGGUUGCUCGAUGGAAGAAGGCUUAUCGUCUGCCAGCUACCAAAAACUGAUUGACUGUUGGACGAAUUGUAGUGAUUCAAUUGGCCGCACCGUUAGAACCAUUGAACAAAUGGCUCAAAAUUUACAGCCCACCGAAUCGGAACCUUCAGCCGAGCUGGAUGAGCUAAUGAAGCAGAUUCAAUCGCUCGAUUUGCGCGAAAAAUCUCUUGCCACUCGUAUCGGCAGCACAGAAAACAUGCUCGAGAAUUAUCGCCGGGAAAACGGUUGCACGCCGGAGAACAAUACGUUGAGCCACUUUACCCUACCACGCCAGCGAUCGCUACAAGAUGCGAGCAGAAUGAUGGAAAAAAUUGUGAUUACCCAGCAGCAACUGCAGCAACUACCACCCGGAUGCAGCAAUGUCCGGAUGAACCACUUUAAGACGAAACUAAAGUACCUCACGCUUCUCGACCGGGAACGAUCGGAAGCGAGGGAUAUGUGCUUUAACAAUCUUAUCCUGCCCAUCAUCGACAAGCUGCACGUGCAGAAGCUGCGCCGGAUGUGUCAGCUGGUGUCGUCCGUGUCGGAGGAUUUGCCGGAUCUGGGUGGAACCGUAAAGGUGUCCUUCGCGUACGCGACACCCGGUCCGGAAAUCGGCGAACCCCACGGUUACUCUCUGCCAUCAUUCAGCCUGCAUCGAAUAAAAGCCAUAAACGCACAAGUCUUCGAUGACGACAAUCUAGAGGUAUCGAUAAAUGAGACACAGCGGCAUCUUGUCUACCUUAUCUUGUUCCUCAGCUUCCUGUACUGCGACGGAUGUAAGCUCGUCAUGUUGGACAAAGCAUGUGAGCAAUUAUUCGACAAUGGAAUCGUCAGCUUGUUCUACGUGCUGGAAAAACAUUUCCCAACGAUGCAGUUCAUCUUUCUUUGAGGUAACAAGCAUGUAGCUCUUCUACUUAUUACAAUUAUCAUACUCAUUUAUUUCAUACUUAUUAUGUUACGGCAAACCACAUUACUCUAAUAAACCUCUAAGCAUCGCGC